AAAAUAAUCCUUAAGAGUGUUUUGUUGGGUACAGAACUACAGACAACUUGAAGAAUGGGAUCGGAGGUUCAGAAAUCGGCUUUACUGCUAUGCGGAGACUACAUGGAAGCCUACGAGACACUGGUUCCUCUCUACAUCCUCCAAUCCUUUGGCGUUAGCGUUCACUGCGUUUCACCCGACCGCACCACCGGCGAUCGCUGCGUUAUGGCGGCCCACGAUUUCUCGGGCCUCGAGCUAUACACGGAGCUAGUCGUUGACCAGUUGACUUUAACCGCCAACCUCGAUGACGUCACUCCCGAUAACUACGACGUCAUCAUCAUCCCCGGCGGACGGUUCACGGAGAUUCUCAGCGCCGACGAGAGAUGCGUCGACCUCGUGGCGCGGUUCGCCGAGUCCAAGAAGCUGAUCUUCACCAGCUGCCAUAGCCAGGUUAUGCUGAUGGCUGCCGGACUUCUCGCCGGAGGUGUGCAGUGCGCGGCGUUUGAGAGCAUGAAGACUCUGAUCGAAUUCUCCGGCGGCGCGUGGUGGCAGCAGCCUGGGAUACAGAGCAUGUUCGAGAUCACUGAUUGCGUAAAGGACGGGAAUAUCGUGAGUACGGUUGGUUGGCCAACGCUUGGUCACGGGGUUAGGGUGUUGCUGGAGUCUCUUGGGGGACAAGUCUCGAGCUUGAAGGAGAAUCAAGCUUCUGUUCUUUUCCUCAUUGGGGACUAUGUAGAGGACUAUGGGAUCAAUGUACCGUUUAGAGCACUACAAGCUUUAGGAUGUAAAGUGGAUGCAGUGACACCGAACAAGAAGAAGGGAGAGAUGUGUGCAACAUUGGUUUAUGACCUUGAGGAGGGAAGGCAGCUUCCUGCAGAGAAGCGAGGGCACAACUUCCUUGUGACUGCGUCUUGGGACGAUGUAUGUGUUGAUGAUUAUGACUGUGUAGUGGUUCCAGGAGGGAGAUCACCCGAGCUACUAGUGAUGAAUCCAAAGGCUGUUGCUUUGGUCAAGAAGUUUGCUGAGAAAGAUAAGGUCUUUGCAGCUAUUGGACAGGGUAAAUUGCUACUUGCAGCCACCGGUGUUCUUAAGGGGAAGCGAUGCGCUAGUGGAAAGGGGAUGAAGGUCAUGGUAAAGGUGGCUGGAGGUGAAGCUGUUAUGUCAAAGGGAUGUGUGACUGACGGAAAGUUUGUGACGGCUGCAUCAGCCUCAGAUCUGCCAGCGUUUUUGUCUGGUUUAUCAACUGUUCUUGGUGUCUCUGUCAUGUUCUAAGAUUUUCUAAGAAGGGAACCAUAAAAGAUAGUUUGGAUAAUAAAACGUAACUUACAAGCUAA